GCAGUUCUCGCAUUCGGGGCGUAGGUUGUGGUUGCAACAAACUCACCGUAGGAAAUACCAUACCAAAGAAUGCAUCCACCAUCAGAACUGGUUCUACUCCUAACUGUGGCUCUAGUAUACAGCUGCAAUGCUCAUGCACGCACCUUUACUCGUUGCCAACUCUCCAGGGAACUCCUUCGGUACAAUUUCCCCAGAAGUCUAAUACCUAACUGGGUGUGCCUUAUUGAGCAUUCGAGCGGCAGGACAACAGAAAAACUCACCAACCACAAUAACUCGUAUACCAGUUACGGACUUUUUCAGAUCCACAAUAAGGAAUGGUGCAAAAAAGGUCGGAAAGGAGGGCACUGCAGCAUGAAAUGCGAAGAUCUUUUAAAUGUAGAUCUAGCAGAUGAUGUGAGAUGUGCUAAACGCAUCUACGAUAGAGUGGGCUUCAAGGCUUGGCCAGUUUCCUUCUCCUAUUGCAAAGAGAAGAGCCUACCGGAUUUAUCAAGAUGCUAAUAUUAAAUAAAUCAUUGCCUGCAUUAGUAGUAGCUUUUAUAACUAUUUAGAAUAGAUAAUUUUCUUCGUAUAGGUUUUAUUUUCGUAGUUUUAUGUGCA